UAAGGACACAUCGCAAACGGAGUUCGGGGUGAAAUAGUAGAUAUGGGCGGAUCGCUGAGAAACAUCCAGUGGUGUCCAAGACAUGAAGUUCCCUCCAAGUUGCAUUGUCAUCGAGUUGGAGAGGUAUCGUGGACCUCAAAUAGAAGAACUGGGUGAAUUGACGAUAACCCAACGAACGAUGGGAGUCGCCAUGCAAAAUGGAGACAAGGAUGUUAUCCAAAGAAGACUGAUUGAUGACGACGGAUGUUGCACACGCUUUUACAGAUUACCGUGCACAAGGGAAAACCAUAGGGCAGACAUUGAAGCACCACUGAGUGGAACCCUUACACCUUUUAACGCGUAUGUGACAUUAUGGAGAGUGCAAGUGUUAGAAGUUGCAACCCAACGCCACUGGCGGUCAGAGGAGUCGGCAGUUGCCUGGCACGAAUGCUGCACUCGGGCCACAAUUCACGCUUUGCUAACCUUUAUGUUCUUUCACAACGUUGUUUUCACGCUUUGUUUUCCUUAUCCCUUGUUUACGAUUUACUAGAUGGGGGCGAAUACAAGACAACGUGUGAGAUCAAGAUUUGUCUACUAAUCGAACAGGAUAACGAAGCGAGCACUGUAUUGGGAGGAGUGAUAUCAAAGCCUAGAUAUGCCGUCCCAAUGUUCUCGGUGACGACUUUGGGGAUCCCGCAAAUCGAAAUCUUUACGUACCCUCUUGUGCAAUCAGAGGCUACGCAAGCUCCGAGUCCGCCAACAAAAAUGAAACAGGGUACUGUCCUCAUUUCUACAAUGCGCUGCUCCUUGGGUCAUCACUUGGGACAUCUGUUUGGCCACGCCUAUUACUUGCCGAGACAAUCUUGAUGGUAUAUCAAUAUAUCUCAACCUCAGAAAUAUUUACGUGCCUCCGAGGGGCGGUGCAUGGUUAC